GGGCUUGUGGCGAUGCCAGAGCCUGCGGAGCCUCGUGCCAGAUCGUCCUUGUGGAGACCAUUCCAGAGGGAAUGAGCUUUGGUGCCGGCUCCCCGCCGAACCCCUCCACCUUUUCCACCUGGAUGCAGCUCCUGGGCUCGGUCCGGCACAGCCUGGACAUCGCCUCCUUCUACUGGACCAUGACCAACGCCGACACCGGCACCGCCGAGCCCUCGGCCGCCCAGGGUGAGCAGAUCCUGCAGGAGCUGCUCCGGUUACCGGAGCGCGGUGUCGCCGUCCGCGUCGCCGUCAGCCGCCCAUCGGCGAAGGCACCACUCAAUGACCUCCUGGCGCUGGAGCAGAGCGGCGCCGCGGUGCGCACCGUGGACCUGCCGCACCUGACGGGGGGGGUGCUGCACACCAAGUUCUGGCUGGUCGACGGCACCCACCUCUAUGUGGGCAGUGCCAACAUGGACUGGAGGUCCCUGACCCAGGUGAAGGAGCUCGGCGCUGCUGUCUACGACUGCCCCUGCUUGGCCCAAGACUUAGGCAAGAUCUUCGAGGCCUAUUGGGCUCUCGGCGUUGCCGGCGCCACCAUCCCGGUGCCGUGGCCGGCGAAUUACUCCACUGCUUUCAACGCGGAGACGCCGCUGGAGCUGCGCCUCAACGGCACCGCCGCCGCCGUCUACUUCUCGAGCUCCCCGCCGCCGCUUUGUGCCGCCGGGCGCACCGCGGACCUCAGCGCCCUGCUCAGCGUCAUCGAUGCCGCCGAGGCCUUCGUGGAUGUUGCGGUGAUGAGUUUCCUGCCCACCACCGAGUUCUCCCACCCACAGAGGUUCUGGCCAGCGAUCGAUAAUGGGCUGCGGCGAGCCGUGGUGGAGCGGCGCGUCAGGGUGCGGUUGCUGGUGGGCUGCUGGCGGCACAGCCAGGCCACCAUGUUCCCCUUCCUCAAGUCACUGGCGGCCGUCGCCGACAACAGGACCCGUUACAGCGUGGCCGUGCGCCUCUUCAUGGUGCCUUCGAGUGCGGCGCAGGCGCUGAUCCCCUACGCCCGGGUCAACCACAACAAGUACAUGGUGACGGAGGCGGCCGCAUACAUCGGGACCUCCAAUUGGUCCGGUGAUUACUUCACCCAGACGGCAGGCUCGGCGCUGGUGAUCAACCAAACGGUGAGUGCCACCGGUACCGGUACCGGCGCCGGCACCAUCCGGGAGCAGCUGCAGGUGGUGUUUGAGCGGGACUGGAGCUCCCAGUACAGCGCUGACAUCGGGGAUGUCGAGCGCUGGCAGAGCCACUGCGGCUCCCGGUAGGCCCCGGGGAACCGUGGGCACCGGCAGCACCGA